GCUUAAUGUCUCCUCCUGCACAAACACUUCUCACUCUCUCCCACCUCCUCGGCGCUUCCCAGCGCUCAGCAUCUCUCCAGCACCGGACUCUCAAGGACUUCUGCGACCACCCUCGACGCGCCCCCCACAGAAGCCUCCCCGCGGCGCAUCCCGGACGGCGCAGCGCACCGGGCAACUUUCACUCGCACCAUUACGCAUGGCUGCGUCUUUGCGCAAAAGCGCGACCAUCAUCAGAGCGCCUUCGCGGGAACUGAUGGGAAUGUGAGACACAUCGAAACACCGCACCAGCUCUAAAUCUGCAAAAAGGGCCCCCUUUAAGAGCGAGAGAAAAAAAAUCUUUGCGCAAAUGAGGAUUUCCAAACGCGCAACGGGACAUCCUUUUACCUUGUGAAUAUCCCGCUGUGGGUGAAGUAGCUCCGACGCAUCAGCUGAAAUUCUGACGGACAUGGAUCUGUGGGGAGUUCAUCUGUUCAUGCUCAUAACUUUUGCCUUGUUAGAAGUCAUUCUGGCCGGCACAGACUGUUUGGUGGCUGGAGAUUCGUGCUCCGGGGAUGAGACAUGUAGUCCACGUCUGCGUACUUUACGUCAGUGUGUAGCGGGAAACGGCAGCAUGAAGCUCGGCCCAGGAGCCAGGAGCCAGUGUGCCAAUGCAGUGUCCGCCCUUCUGUCCAGCCCRUUGCAUGGUUGCCAGUGUAAACGAGGAAUGAAGAAGGAAAAAAACUGCCUAAGCAUCUACUGGAGUCUUCAUCAGUCCAUCAUACACGGACUGAACCUCGUGGAGAGUUAUCCAUAUGAGGCAGUGCAGAGGGAUUACGAUUAUGUUCGUUUAGCCUCUAUUACAGCAGACACGGAUGUUGGCAUGGCGACGGUCAAUCGCUGCCUGGAUGCGGCCAAGGCUUGCAACGUGGACGACUUGUGCCAGAAGCUUCGCACAGAAUAUGUUUCAGCUUGUAUCAAACCCACUGCCAAAUCAGGCCUGUGCAACCGGCCAAAAUGCAAUAAGGCCCUGCGCAGGUUCUUUGACCGGGUUCCUGCAGACUACACACACCAGCUGCUCUUCUGCCCCUGUACGGACACAGCAUGCGCCGAGCGUCGGAGGCAGACCAUUGUACCCAGCUGUUCCUAUGAAAGUGUGGACAAACCUAACUGCAUUACACAGAUGAGGAUAUGUAAAGCUGACUAUGUGUGCAGGUCUCGCCUGGCACAGUUUCAGUAUGACUGCGAACCCUCGGAAACAUCUGCCAGUGGCUGCAAGCAAGGGAAGUAUGGAGCAUGUCUCCUCGCCUACACAGGGCUUAUAGGAAGUACGAUAACUCCCAACUACGUCGACAACUCCACAUCCAGCGUGGCCCCGUGGUGCUCCUGCUCAGCAAGUGGGAGCACGAGGGAGGAGUGUGAUCAUUUUCUGGGAUAUUUUACUGAUAACAUCUGUCUCAAAAAUGCUCUUGUGAUAUAUGAAAGUGAUUCAGACCAGCAGACGAUUCUCGGGCAGACCAGUAAUCCCAGCYCAGGAGGAGAAACCUGGAGCAACACUUCUCAACCAGAACCUUUGGUAACAAUGAGCAACAUUCUGGAUACUGUGAUACCUACACAGAUCCUUGGAAAUGAACUACUUGUGGGCCACUCCACCCUGCCCUCCGACAGUCUCCCAAACUCAGCCUGGUUUCACAACCUAAAGCUUGAAGCUGCCUUCAGCCUUCUCUUACCGCUUCUUCAUCUCCUCGAUGGACCAUAAACACCGCCGGGGGAGGAUGUCGCUGAGGACCUUCUGAGCAGAUGGGAGGACUGGUUCAGUUCAGAGGACCAUGUGUUAUUAUUCCUCCAUCUAAACGUGUACAGUGAUUUUUUUUCUAAUUUUGUGUCAAAAUAGUCUGCUUUCAUCUGCCUGUGUUCUCACACCCAGAGUGGUGAGGCCUUCGCAGACCAAUGCCAGUCAGUACGUUUGUACAAUGUGAUCAAGCCAAACUGAAAUCAAAGUACUGCUUUUAUGAACAAACCCAGUUUCAGCUAUUCAGCUGUAUUUAUAAUGAAACUGCGAAUAUAUGAUACUGUACCAUGCCAUGAUGUAUGUACAUGUAAAGGGACCUCAUGGGAGAAAACCAGUGAACUCUUGUCUGCAUCGCCCUCACUACCAUAAGUGUUGGGAGUCAUUUUAAAGAAGAACAACCUGCAACAACGCUCUACUCAGCUGGCCAAAAAAAAGGAACAAUUUUUCUGACCAGAACUGGAACAGAGGAGCAACACAAGAAUGACACACAACACACUGCUCAGACAUCCUGAAACAAAGAUCUGAUCCCACAUCCAGAAACUCAAACAGGAAGCAAUGCCUCUGCUUCAAGUGCAUAAAAAACUCUGACAUAGUGAUCACUCUUUCUGUGAAGCUGAAAUAACUUUGUAAGAGUUCAAGACUGCUGGACUUCAGCGAUAGUGCUACAGUUUAUAGAAGRUAUAAGUUCUUGGUCUUUAUCAGCAAAGACACGUUGUUGGAUGUGAAAGGGAAUAAUCAGAAAAGCAGUAACUCUACCUUUAGCUGCUGUGUGUGUUUGUGAGUUUWAAUCUUUUAAUCCUCCCUGUGUUAGUGAACAUUGCUACAUGGCGCUCCGAGUUUUUGUGCAACAGAAGAAAGCGAUGCUCCAUUCUUGUCUCGCCGACACCACGGUGGUGGCUGACUGAACAAAUGAUUCAGUGUUUUUUUUUGUUGUUGUUCAGAAACACACAGUGAAUUCUGAACAGACUCAAACAAGUGUUAAAUAAAAGUKCUCAGAUCAUUAUCUAUUUGUACCAUUCAGUAUUUUGAAAUAAAAGUCAACUGCUUCCUUUGAUACAACUAAGGUGGGUGGUUGUUGGUUGGAAGCAUCGCAGCAGUGAAAUUAAAACGGUAUUAUAUUCUAAAUAAGCAAACUGAACAACCAGAGAAACAUGAAGUGCAUCAUUUUGGGAACAAAUAAAACAGGAUUUGUAGUUUAAUCCAGACUUCACAAUCWGAUUGAUGCCUUAAGAACUUGCUUCAUUUCUGAGCCAAGUGCUUUUCUUUUGUUUACUUAGGACACAAAGUUCUUSCGGACUAAUUUAAACCAAUUUUGUCCUCUAAGGCUCUGAAUACCAACUUCCUGUUAUUGUCAGCUUGCUUUACUCAACAACACAUACGUAAGGCAAUCAGCUGAAGAAAGACAAAGAAAGUCCUGAUAGAAAUGUUAAAAAGAAGCUUGAAAAACAGUCAUAGUAUGGCUCAGAAAUGACUURAUAAACUGGAACACUUAUAGAUUCAUGACUGUGACAUCAAGUAACUCAUUAAAAGUUGUUUGCUGAUCAUUA